CUCCUGCCCCACUGACCUGGGAUUACCAGGGAGCGCUCCGCCGGCUGCGGCACAAAACGGGCAGCUAGCGGGGCCCUUCCCAGCCGGCCGCCACCCACCCUCUCUCAACGGUGUCACUACCGCAAGGAUGACACCAUCACCGCUCAGCCAGAGGACUGGACCUCACACCCACAGCAGUCGUCCCAUCCCUACGGCCCCGUACUGUGCUGUCUCUCCCCUCUUCUUGUAGGCAUCUGGUGGACCCAGAAAGUAAGAAGCUGCCCGCGGGAAGCUAGACUCCCUUCGUGCCGUUCGUGCCCUUCCUCCCCUUGUUUCCUCUCUGGACCCCGGGCUCCCACCCAGCCACAGUUAGGACAAGGGAGAUUAGAGCUGUGCCGGAGGCUCGGAUGGCCUCAGUCUAAGAAGCUGAGCGAGCUGGGACGCCGAGCCCUGAAAGGUCUUCGGUGGGGAGGAGAGAGAAGAGGGCGGGUGGGGUCCAGGGCCACAGCGCUGCAUGGCAAGAGCCUCUGUGUGGAGUCUCCAAGGCCUGGGUCACCCGGGGACAAGCCAGCCAGACCUGGGGGAGGGGCAGCCUGGCCCUCCGCACUUUUUGUGACCCCGUGGGAUUAACGCUCAUCUGAACCCGCUUAAUCCUUACUGUUGUGGGUCUACCUUGCCGGAGAAGACUGCCCACUCACACCCGGGUUCCAUCAGUUUUGGGUGCCUGAUCCACCUUUAGUCCUCAUGGGGAGGGAAGGGGACGUGAAGGUCACCAGCCCAACUAGGCCACAGAGCUACAAACCAUCAAAAGAUUCACAGUACCCAGUGGUUGUCACAUUUGAAAGUUGGAUGGAGUCCCAGGGUGGGUAGCCAUAGGCAAGUUGCUUACCUUCUCUGAACCCCAGUUUGAAUACAGGGUCAGCUGGGAGUAGCUCUGAGCAGCUGGUAGGGUGAACUUUGGGUCUCAGCAUGAGCAGCGCCUGCCCAUCCUCACGGCCAAAGACAGGUGGGCUCCCUCCAAGCAGAAAGCAACAUCCUGCUCUGUCCAGGGUGCUUCGCAUUCAGGGCAUGGAGACGACAGAGAAGACACACUUGCAUUCUUUGUUUGUGAUCAUCUCCGGGUACUUGCAACAACAACAAAAAGAUAAGCAACAACAAAAAUUGACCCCAAAUUGAGGGUUAAUCUGUCAGCACACGCAUAGCCUUAGAACCUCAUUAUAGGGAGAAGGCAGAGGAUGUCUGCCUCCUUCAUGUCCUUGAAUUCCAUGAUCAAGCCCCUCGGGCGGCCCUACGGGUUCUAUUUUGCUUUCUUCCUUGGCUGCAACACAGAAAGAAGGAAAGCUCUUUUCUCCUCCAAGGCCGAGUGUUAGAAGCAUUACCUCAGUAGCCCAACGUCCUGGAAAAGAGGAAGCUUGGCAAUGAUGGAGCAGGUAGAGCGAGAGGCCGGGCAGCCUAGAAGCUCCUGGCUGGCUCCUCUGGCCUGUUUGACGUUGGCUCAAAAGACAUGGAAUUAAUAGGCAAAGCUGCCUCCUCCUCCUCCUCUUACCUGUGGAGGAGAGAUCGGUUCCCGGUUGGCUGGGGCAGUGUCAUUGAUAUAGCUGGUGUCAUCGUUACCUUCCAUGAACAGAUCACUCGACACCUGCCAGGGCCAGGAAGGGCCGGGCCUGGGUUUUGCCCGCAGAGCUGGAGGCUUUCACUCUCCCAUUGUCCCAGAGCCCAGGGGAGGUCAAGACACAGGCUCUGCUGGGAUGUGGCUCUUGGUGACCCAGUAGAAGGACUGGACAGCUCCUGUGCUGGAUCCCCCUUGCAGGUCCUGGCUGCCUCUUGGCUUCCUGCUGCCUGAUCCCUGUGGCUGUCCUGGGCAGAGGAGAUGAAUUCGUGGCUGGCCGGGAGCUGAGGCCGAGCAAUGGUGCUGCACAGAGAAGUGGCUCUGGGAGUGACCCUGGCGUGAGGAGCCAGGGGCGAGGAGCGGCCUGGGGUGUCCCUCCCGGCGUGUGCAUCCCAGGUGACACCAUGCUGCAGCAGAUCCUGCACGACAUGUACAUCGACCCCGAGCUCCUGGCCGAGCUCAGUGAUGUGCAGAAGCACAUCCUCUUCUACAAGAUGCGAGAGGAGCAGCUGAGACGCUGGAGGGAGCGUGAGGCUUGGGAGGCCCUGGCCCAGUUCGAGGGACUCAGGCCCCCCAAGGUCAAGCGAGCGAGUGACAAGCACAUCCAGUGGCUCCUGGGGGCAGAUGGCGAAGUCUGGGUCUGGGUCAUGGGAGAAGGCCCUGGAGACAAGCCCUACGAAGAGAUCUCUGAGGAGCUGAUUGCAGAGAGGGCGCGGCUGCAGGCACAGAGGGAGGCGGAGGAGCUCUGGAGACAGAAGGAGGCAGAGAUCACCAAGAAGUUCCGGGAUGCUCUGGCCAAUGAGAAAGCCCGGAUCCUGGUGGAGAAGUGGAAAGUGGAGACGGAGGACCGCAAGGCUGCCAAAAUCCUGGAGGAGCGCAUCCAUGAGGAAUUCAAGAGGAAAGAGGAAGAGGAGAGGAAGCGAGGAGAAGAGCAGAUUCGCCUCCAGGAAGAGCAGAGGGCGAAGGAACUCUACUGGACCCUGAAGCAGGCCCAGCUGCAGAGCCACCCCAGUGAGAAAGAGGAACGCGAGUGGGAAGAACAGCGAAGAAGUUUUUCCUCACAGAUUCCUAGACAUGGAGAGCAUGGCAUGCCGGGCAGGGCCACAUGGGGAAGCACGAGGUGCGUCGGUCCAAGGCGGCUGAUGAGGAGAGAAGGCGCCGAGCCCAGCGCGCCCGGGACGAGUACCGGCGCCACUCCCUCCGCGCCAUCCAGAAGGGCACGGUCGCUGGCCUCAGCUCCAGGUUCCGAGAGCUCGGCCAGAGCCACGAGCAGGAGGCGAGACUCUACCACCACCUCCUGGGCUCGGGGCCGCCUUCACCCCUGGCCGUGCCUGGCAGGAAUUAUCAGCCGAGAAGAUGCUGAAGAUCUCCUUGAGAAUAUGACUGAGGGCGCAUUUCUGGUCCGGGUCAGUGAGAAAAUCUGGGGUUACACCCUCUCCUACCGCCUGCAGAAAGGGUUCAAGCAUUUUCUCGUGGAUGCCUCUGGGGAUUUUUACAGCUUCUUGGGAGUGGACCCCAAUCGCCAUGCAACGCUCACGGAUCUCAUUGAUUUCCACAAGGAGGAAAUUAUCACUGUUUCAGGGGGAGAGUUGCUGCAGGAACCCUGUGGACAGAGGGACAGCCCACCAGACUACCAUCUGUUGUUUGAAUGAUAUUUUCCCCCUUCUCAGUUGGACUCCGUGGGGCAUCCUAUUUUUGAACUCAAGAACUUCCCAACUCAAAUUCUUAUGGCCUUCUGGAAGAUCCACCACCAUCCACAGGGACAAGUAGAUUAGCAUAUUUCAAGGAAUAUGAAAUAUAUGGUGUACGUGCUGCUGGUUCCUGACCCAGUGCCCAGGACAGAAAUUGCUAACAGCUGGUGCAACUCUUUCCUGAAAAAUUUAGAUACAACCUCAGAAGAUGAAGCCUUUUUGUCAUGGCUGCCCUAAACUGAAUUCCUAGAAUACAAGGAUCAUGUUUUAAUUAUACAAAUAAUUCCAGUGCCGAACUCUGAGUUUAACAUAUGGUAGACAUUCAAUAAAUGUUUGUUGAAUGACUGCACUUCUUCUGAAAGUUUUCCAACACUCAUCAGCAACGAUUUCUAGUAAGUUGUUUUCUAUUUGUCACUGUUUAUAAAGUCAUGGGGAUUAGAGAAGAAAUAUUGUAAAGGAUUUAUAUGGAAGGCAUAGAUACUGUGUUUUAAAUGAUACUCAUUGUCACUCUCAUUGAUAUUAUCAGUGGAAUUACCUAAGGCGUCUGAGCCCCAGCUUCCAGAAGAGAUGACUGAUACUGCCCUGCCUUCGUAUUUCCCUCUUCUGCCAUCCCUCCUCUGUCUUGGAAUCAUAUCUUGGCCCUGGUUUUGCAAUAUUGAGGCAGUGGUUUCAUGUAUUCCUACAGAUAUGCCUAAGCCCCAGGGGGAAUUAUAAAUUCAAGAAUGGCUUGUAGACAUCUGAUAAGGCCUUUGCUUUCUAGGAUGUGGUCCUGUUUAUGCAGGUUACUCAAAUGAUUACCUCUGCCUUCCUACUUCUUUUGAUUUUGAUUCUACUGUCCAUUUAUACUGAGUGUGUUCUUCAUAUUAACAAGAAGACUCUCCCAGUAACUCAGUAACUUUCAGCGAUGGUGUCUAUUUGUGCAUACUCGUAUUUUAUAUUUAUGGAUUUUAUAUAUAUAUAUAUAUAAAAUAUAUAUUUGUAUAUGGCAUGUUAUCAUGGGAUUAUUUUAGGCUCUAGAAUCAAGAAGACUUGGGUUCAAAUCUCACCCUGAAACUGACUAGUAUAAUAAUGCUGGCAGCAUUGUAUUUGGUGGGAAUAAAAGGAUGAAUGGACUCUGUGGCCACCAAUGAACUGGUUACCUUACUUGAUAGUUGUAUCAGGCAUCUCUUAUGUUCUACUCCACUCCUUGCCUCACCUGUUCCUCAGAUCACCUUGGCCACUUGUUUCACUCCAGUUGCCACCGCUGAAACCAGAUCUGCAUGGCUCUCCCACCGUGUUGAUCGGCCAAUGGUGCCUUGCCUCGUGUGGUGCUAUGGGCCUCUCUUCUGUUACUGCAGAGGCAUUAAGACGCCAUGCAGCCAAGGAGAGCCUGGAGGUUAACUCCCCAUGAGGGGAACCUUUGAUCAAUGGGAGACAGAGGAUGGUGAUCAAUUCUUCUCCCUUCCUCUUCCCUUCUGGAGGGACUGUUCUGAGAGGCAGUUCUUCACAUGCAAGACGUAUCAAGACAGUCCUGCAAGACUGAGCAACUAGUCACGAUGAAACCAAGCAGCGGCCAGAUCAGUACCACCCCCUCCUGUGUGUUCUUCCUCCCUCUCUGCUUCACUCCCCUUUCGCUCUCUCCUGCUCCCCUGGGACUAUGCUCCUGAGUGAAGCAGCAGCACAUAAGCACCUGCUGCAGGCUCAGCCUUUUGGGGAAGCCAGGGUAAGGACCCAUCAUACAAACGUGCUCAAUACUAUCAAAUUUGCAUGCUGACUCCAUGUCCGCUCUCCUAUCUACCUGCCUCACAGGGCCCCUGGAUGAAUGCAAUAAAGUGAUGGAGGGAACCUGCUUUCUGAACUGUAAAGUGCUUUAAAACCUGAUUAUUAUUAUUAAAAUUACCUUCUUUCCAUUAGACGCAGAGAAAUCAAAUUAGAGCUUUGGCUGCUACUUACCAACCAUGUGACUUUGUUCCUGUUAUUUAACCUCACUAAAGUUCAGUAUAACUGAGGAGAGAAUUUUCUAUAUGGCCGACACUAGGCCUUUUGGCAGGUCAGUUAAAUGAUAAAUACGAAAGCUCUGUCAAAUGGAGGGUAUCGCUGAUGACGACCGCUUUAACAGCAGCAACAGUUUCAUGCUUAGCAGGGACGUGUCAGGGGGAUGUGAUGUGAUGAUUUUCAAGGUGUUAGAAGAAACUAACAAGAAGAAAGUUCUCACUCCAAAGCAGCUUUGAAAGUAGACCGAGAUGGGUUGAGAACCUGAUUCCCCAAGCUGGUGUUCCUGUCACCCCUAAUUAACAUGUGAGAGACAACAGCUGAGCUUUUCCACGCCUAAUACAUUUAUUUCCUUUUAUCUGGGGCCUGCACUUUCUGCACGUCUCACAGAUUUUAGGUUUUACCUGGCUUUAAAAUAAAUUCCUUGUAAGUUGUCCUGCAAAUGAAAUUACUGUCUGGAAAACUGCAAUCUCAUCUUGAGAGUUUUAUUAUGCUAAUAAAUGUCAGGAUACUCAAAUAAA